AUGCCAGAGUUUCUAAGGAUGAUGGAGGAUUAUUGGAGAGAAAAUCAACCAUUGUUUCAAUCUACAUCUGCCCUCUUCAGAUUUUCUAAAUACCUUAAAGCUUUGAAACCGCUGAUAAGGAACUUGAGUAAAGAGAAACUGGGGCAAUUAUCUUUGAGAGUUAAGGAAGCAUACAAGGAUCUGUGUGAGAAGCAGGAGAGGCUGUUGACUAAUCCAACUCAGAAUAAUAUUCAGGAGGAGCUAAGAGCGGCAGAAAGAUGGAACAUAAUUUCUGGCAUUGAAGAGAAUGUUUUAAAACAAAGAUCUAAGAUGCACUGGUUGCAUCUGGGGGAUAGGAAUAAUAAAGUCUUUCACAAUGCGGCAAAGAUGAGAGUGGUGAAGAAUAUGAUCAGAGAGAUCAAAUGUAAAUCAGGAGCUAUUGUUACUUCACAAGAGGAAAUAAAGAAUGAAGCAGAGAGGUUUUUUCAUGAGUUUCUCUCUUAUGUUCCUGAAGACGUCAGGAAUGUUUCAGUUGAGGAGAUACAAGAAAUUCUAAGUUUCAGAUGCAAUGAUAUGGAGCGAGGCCAGUUGAUUAAGACAGUAACUGAAGAGGAGAUUAAAGAUGUACUGUUCAAGAUGCCAAGCAACAAAGCACCUGGGCCAGAUGGGUACACUACGGAGUUAUUUAAAGUGUCUUGGGGAGUUAUUGGGAAAGAUUUUACUACAGCAGUGCAGUCAUUCUUCAACAAAGGCUUCUUAUCAAAGAGAUUGAAUUCCACUAUUCUGGCUCUUAUCCCAAAAAGAGAUGCAGCUGUUGAGAUGAAGGAUUACAGGCCAAUCUCUUGUUGUAAUGUUCUAUACAAGGUGAUUUAUAAAGUCAUUGCCAACCGGCUUAAAGAUGGGUCAAAAAGUUCUAUUGAAGGAGUCUUACAAAUCUUUCAAGAAUUUAAAGCAAUGUCAGGUCUCAAAAUAAGUCUAGAGAAAUCUACACUAUAUACUGCUGGGAUCUCAGAUAAUCAAGAACAAGAUAUCAUCACAAGCGUUCCCUUCGAGUCUGGUAAACUACCAGUAAGAUAUCUUCGGCUUCCUCUCCUCACUAGAAGAAUGACUGUAAAUGAUUACAUGCCGUUAGUGGAGAAAAUUAAGAAGAGAAUGAAGUCAUGGACGGGAAGAUUUUUAUCUCAUGGAGGAAGACUGCAGUUAAUCAGUUCAGUCAUCACAAGCCUUGCCAAUUUCUGGCUCUCGGCUUUUCGUUUACCGAGUAGCUGUCUUAAAGAAGUUGAAAGUUUGUGCUCUGCUUUCCUAUGGUCAGGCCCGGAGUUGAAAACAAGUAAAGCCAAAGUAAGCUGGAAAGAAGUGUGCUUACCAAAGCAAGAAGGAGGUCUGGGGUUACGGUCGCUUAAAAAGAUGUGGAAGAAACAGUUGAAAAUGAGGGACAUGGCGAAGUCUUUUCACAAAAUGGAAGUUAAUAAUGGAAAGCAGACAUCUUUUUGGUAUGAUAAUUGGUCGAGUUUGGGCUGUCUUAAAGAUCUUUUGAGUGAAGGAGGAAGUAUAGCUUUGGGUAUUAUGGAGAAUGAAAUGAUGGAGGAUGUUCUGUUGAGACAUAGGAAACGAAGGCAUAGGAUCCAGAUCCUUAAUGAAGCUGAAAAUGAGAUCAAAAAAGUAAAAAGGAGAGCAAGUCAGGAGGAUGAUGUGCCACUUUGGAAGCAGUAUGAUAAUAAAUUCUCUCGACAGUUCUCUACAAAGAAGACUUGGAUGUGUCUUCGGCAACCCCAACCGGAAAGUAGCUGGAGUAAAGGUGUUUGGUUUCCCCACUCUACACCUGAGUACUCAUUUCUAGUGUGGGUAGCUAUCAAAAACAGAUUGCAGACUAUGGAUAGAAUAUUAUCUUGGAACAAUGCAGUAAAUGGUACUUGUGUGCUUUGUCAAGUGGAGAUGGAAACAUGUCAGCAUCUGUUCUUUAGAUGCCAUUACUCAAGUAAAAUCUGGAGAGAAAUGGUAGAAGGUAUCUUGAAGGAAGAUUACACCACAAGUUGGGAUGAGAUCCUCGCUAUUAUAUCUCAAGCUAGAAGAUGUCCAACAGAAACCUUCAUUAUACGAUACACUUUCCAAGUUGUAGCGCAUAGUAUAUGGAGGGAGAGGAAUGCUAGAAGCAUGAUGGAUUCUUCUCCAACUUAUCAACAAGAUGAAGUGAAUCAUGCAUCAAUAGAUGAAGACUUUUCUUCAGAAGAAGAUGUACAAACAACGGGUUUGGGAAAAAGGACCACGAGAGAUGAAGCUGGUGGUUCUGCAGAAGGGUCAAGAAAAAAGACGAGGUCUUUAGUCUGGAACCAUUUCAACAGGCUACCAACCAACUACAACAGAUGCAAAUGUCGCUACUGCAAGAAAGAGAUGAGUUGUCCAACCAAGUCUGGGACCUCUAAUCUCAACAAGCAUAUCACUAACUGUCGGUCAUUUAUGGUAUGGAAGGCUGUAAAUAGGUGCAAAGACAAGUCACAGUUAGCUACAGAUGAAGAAGGCAACAUGAGUGUGAGCAAGGUGUCUGAGAAAGUGUUCAGAGAUGCUACCAAUGAGAUGAUAGUCUUAGCGGAGUUGCCAUUAACCUUUGUGGAAAGCUUGGCGUGGAAACACUUCUGCAACAAAGUGCAGUUAGAUCCGCCUGUUUGUAGAAAAACAUGCACAAAGGAGAUUGCGGCAAUGUGUACGUCGAGGAAAGAAGAAAUGAAGAAAGUUCUUGGACAGAACAAGCAAAGACUCCCUCUGACAACAGAUAUAUGGACUGCUCCCUACACUGGGAAAGAUGAUAAUAGGAUUCAAGAAUGUGGAUAUAUGGACUGCUUAGCAGAGUGGUCUACAAUUGCGAGAGUUCUUGUGGAUUGUUUAGCAGAGUGGGAUAUUAAAAGAGCCUUAUGCAUCACAGUUGAUAAUGCCACGGCUAACACAUCAGCCAUGAAGAAGUUCAAGGAAUAA